GAGUGCCAAGUGAAGAACGAGGUAAUUGAAGAAGACCCAUUGGAGAAUUCUGAUGUGAAUCAGGAAUUCAUGGACCAAUGCUCUCGAAUCAAACUUGAGAACACUGAAGAUUAUGUAUCGGAAGAUUUCAAUGGGAAAUGUAGCAAAGAUAACCACUCGUUCAAGUGUUCUCACUGCCAAAAGACUUUCGCCCAUGACAGAUAUCUCAAAGUGCACAUCAAAAGGCAUUUUGGAGGACGACCCUACAAGUGUUCUCAGUGCCCAAAGUCCUACUCGGCAAAUGAAGAUCUUCAAACCCAUCUGCGUAAGCAUAAUGGAGAGCGACCGUACGCUUGUACUCACUGUCAAAGGACAUUUCUGAAAAAGAGAGCACUCGAAGGACACCUGAAAACUCACACCGGAGAACGACCAUUUAAGUGCUCGCAGUGUCUAAUGGCAUUUACUGGAAAAACUUAUCUUACUGUGCACAUGACUAUCCAUACUGGAGAAAGACCGUUCGAGUGCUCUCAUUGCCAGCUUACUUUUAGUAAAAAGGACACUCUUACAAAGCAUUUAAGAACUCACACAGGUGAACGACCGUACAAGUGUUCCCUAUGCCCAAGUUCUUUUGCAGUCAAAAGUACACUGGAUCGACAUGUGAGAAUUCAUACAGGAGAACGACCCUACAAGUGCUUCCACUGUGAAAGGACUUUUCCCGAAAAUGCCGCCCUUAGGGUGCACCUUUUCACGCACACGGGACAACAGCCCUUUAGGUGUUCCCAGUGUAACAGAAAGUUUGCCACAAAACAUAUGCUUACAUAUCAUCUUACAACGCACACUGGAGAACGACCGUACAAGUGCUCCCACUGCACAAGGGCCUUUUCAUCGGCCAGCAAUCUGAAAGUUCAUAUGGCGAUACAUUUGGGAAUUCGACAUAAUUGUUUCAAAUGUCCAAAGUCUUUCUCUACAGCUUUCACCCUUAGAGCACAUUUGCUCACUCAUAACGGAGAACGGAUACACAAGUGUUCCCACUGCCCAGAGGCUUUUGCUACGAAAAUGGACCUAAAAAGGCAUAUUGUUAGUCACACUGGAGAUCGAUCGUAUAAGUGCUCCCAGUGCCCCAAGUCGUUCACUCGAAGUGUAGCUCUUAGAGAACACAUGCGAACUCAUAUAAAAAGCCCGCUAGAAUUUCAAAAAGGGGAAUUACCCUAAUUGUAA